AUGAGUGGGAAAGCAGUGGUGGCAGUUACAGGGGCUUCAGGUUUCAUAGCAUCAUGGCUUGUCAAGCUUUUACUUCAGCGUGGAUACACAGUCAAAGCUUCUGUUCGUGACCCAUGUCAGAAUGUCUCUCGUACUCUGUUUUCUUUCUUUCUUUCUGUUCCCAUGUUCUUUCAUUCUGACUUGACUCCUCUGUUUUUGGGCGAAAGCGCAAAAGACGAUGAAAAGAAGACAGCCCACUUACUUGGGUUGGACGGAGCCAAGGAAAGGCUGCAAAUUUUCAAAGCAGAGCUGCUGGAAGAAGGGUCUUUCGACUCCGCCGUAGAAGGAUGCUCCGGAGUUUUCCACACUGCUUCCCCUGUUUCCUUCUCGGCCGCUGAUCCCCAGGCAGAGAUAAUUGAUCCCGCGGUGAAAGGAACCCUCAAUGUUCUUAAAUCAUGUGCUAAAUCUCCUUCUGUAAAGAGAGUGAUCGUAACCUCCUCCACCGCAUCAAUUUUCUACACAGGGAAACCAGUAAACAAAGAUUCAGUUGCGGAUGAGACUUGGUUCUCCGAUCCAGAACACUGCAAGGACCUUAAGAUUUGGUACCAACUUAGCAAGACAUUGGCGGAGAUUGCUGCAUGGGACUUUGCAAAGGAGAAUGGGGUGGAUAUGGUGACAAUACAUCCUGGCCUUGUAAUUGGUCCCUUUUUACAGCCCAGUCUUUGCUUCUCAGUUGAGGUCAUUCUCAACCUUGUUAAUGGGAAUAAGAGCAGCCCGUUGUCCCAUUUUUCGGUGGUUGAUGUUAGAGAUGUUGCAGAAGCUCAUCUCAAAGCUUUUGAGACUCCAUCAGCUUCUGGUAGAUACUGCUUGGUUGAAAGCAGUGUGCCAUUGUCUCAAGUUUUGGGGAUUCUUCAUAAGCUCUACCCAACAUUGCCUCUUGCUGACAACAGAUGUGGAGAAGUGGAUAUUAUGAACUUGCCUGGAUUUGGGGUAUCAAAGGAGAAAGCAGAAGGGCUGGGGAUCAAGUUCAUCCCGCUGGAGGAGUCGCUUAAGGACACCGUUGAAUGCUUGAAGGAGAAAGAAUUUCUUCAUUUCUGAUUCAGACUUUGCUGUCUAUUGGUUAAAAAGUUCCAUAAUAAUGUUAGCUUCCGACUUACAUUUGGCGAUCAUCUUUGUACUUUGUAGUACUUUUAUAAUUAAAAGUGGUAAUUCAAAUGUUUGUCUCAGUCGAGACACUCGAUCUAAAUCCCAUUUUUUAAAUGUCGUGUGGAUUGGAAUUAUUCAAUGUAAUAAUGACUUGCGAGUGUUUAUUAAUACAUUAUUAUAUAUUAAUAAUCAGAUUCGUUUGAUUCG